GAGCGCUGCAGCCUCCCCUCCCCACGCAGCCACCUCUCCGCUCCCUACGAGGCGGGAGAAAGGGGGCUGCGUGCCCCCUUCGCAGGGGAUGGCGGCCUCGGGCCCUCCGCAGCUUCCGUGGCUGCGGCUGGGCCCGCGGCUGCGGGCCGGGCUGGAGGUCGCGCUGCGGGUGCCCAGCCUGUUCCUCAUCGACGCCAUCUUCAACUCGUCCCCGCUGCCGGGGGGUUCCCUGUGCGCCGCGCUCCUGGGCGUGCUGCUGCGGCUCCUGGGUGUCUUUGUCUCCAGUGUUGUUCUGGUCUUACAACAGCGAGCACUUUUCAAGUUUUAUAUGAUCGCCUCGGCAUUCCUGCUGGCUGCAACUUCAGUGUUGGUGAAUUACUAUGCUGCUUUGCACAUAAACUUCUACAGUGCCUACUACACAGCUGCAUUUGGAAUCCAGAUCUUCCCUCAUAAAGGACCUUCGCUAUGGAUGGCGCUUUCCAUCCUUCAGCUGACCUUUGGAAUUGGGUAUGUUACACUGCUGAACGUGCAGUCCAUAUACUCUCAACUCAUCAUCCUGGAUAUACUGAUUCCUGUCAUUGGCUUGAUUGUUGAAUUACCUUUAAAUGUCCGGCAGAUACUAGUUUUUAUUUCAGGCCUGGUUCUGACACUAAACACCACAGCCAUUUUGGUGAUGAAAAUUAAAUGGUUCUAUUACUCGGUGCGCUACGUUUAUCUGCUGGUGAGACACAUGUAUCGCAUUUACGGAUUACAGCUCUUGAUGGAGGAUACAUGGAAAAGGAUUCGGUUUCCAGCUGUACUGCGUGUCUUCUGGCUAACGAGACUUACAGCCCAGGCUGUGGUAUUAACAUAUGUUGUAAAGAUGGCUGAAACUAAUACAGAAGAGAAAUUCUUCUUGAUAUCGUGGGAUAACUGCUGGGAACUGCUCUGCAGCCUGAUCAUAAGUGGGUGUGACUCCACUUUAACUGUGUUAGGCAUGAGCGCCGUCAUCUCCUCCAUCGCGCAUUACCUGGGGCUCGGCAUCUUGGCCUUCAUCGGCUCCACUGACGAGGAUGACAAAAGGCUGGGGUUUGUAGCGCCCGUCCUGUUUUUCAUCUUGGCUCUGCAGACCGGUUUGAGUGGACUGAAACCAGAAGAACGGUUGGUGCGCCUGAGUAGAAACAUGUGCCUUUUGUUGACCGCAGUCCUGCAUUUUAUCCAUGGGAUGACAGACCCUGUGCUGAUGUCUCUCAGUGCCUCCCACGUGUCGUCGUUUCGCAGACACUUCCCUGUCCUGUUGGUUUCCGCUUGCCUUUUCAUCCUCCCAGUUCUGCUCAGUUACAUCCUCUGGCACCACUAUGCACUAAACACAUGGCUUUUUGCCGUGACGGCAUUCUGUGUCGAGCUCUGCCUCAAAGUAAUAGUUUCUAUUACUGUUUAUAUAUUGUUUAUGAUUGAUGGCUACUAUAAUGUGCUAUGGGAAAAACUUGAUGAUUAUGUCUAUUACGUUCGGUCAACUGGCAAUAUUAUUGAGUUUAUCUUUGGAGUGGUCAUGUUUGGGAAUGGAGCUUACACAAUGGUAUUUGAGUCAGGCAGCAAGAUCCGCGCUUGCAUGAUGUGUCUACACGCGUACUUCAACAUCUACCUGCAAGCAAAGAAUGGCUGGAAGACGUUUAUAAACCGCCGGACUGCUGUGAAGAAAAUAAACUCGCUUCCAGAGGUAAAAGGAAGUCGGUUACAUGAAAUAGAUGAUGUCUGUGCAAUCUGCUACCAUGAGUUCACCACCUCUGCUCGCAUUACUCCAUGCAACCAUUACUUUCAUGCACUUUGUCUUCGGAAGUGGCUGUACAUCCAGGACACUUGCCCCAUGUGCCAUCAGAAAGUGUACAUUGAGGACAAGGAAAACACCAGUGUUUCCAACAACAAUGGGUUUGUGGCACCCAAUGAAAACCCUGUAGAAGCUGCAGAAGAAGCUGCUGAUGCUGAAAAUGAAGUAAAUGAAGAUAACGACAGUUCUGACAGUGAAGAGGAAGACAGUGACUGUGUGGCACAGCAGUCGACUGAGACUCUGAAUGCUGACUCAGACUCUCUUGGUGAAUAAUGCCCUUUACAAAGCCGUAAGGUAUUUGUUUAAAGCUGACUUCCAACAAUAAAAGUAUCACUUUGUAGUUAUUGUACUUAAGCACAACAGCAGUAUCUCAGUGUUGAGUCUGUGAACAGUGGUGGUUUACUGUGGUGUGUGCUACUGUAAAUAUACCUCUGAUUUUUGCUGGUCUCUUUCAUGGCCACCUGAAAAUUAUGUACAUUAUUGUACAUGGAAUAAAACAUUUUCACAUGUUUUUAAGAUGGUUGGAAAACUACUCUUUAAUUGAUGUAGUGACAAUGCUGUGCCAAAGACUGUAUCCCAGUAAUCCCCCAUCAAUGAGUUCUGGAUGCAAAUCAGAAAUACUGGUGAAAACAGACUUGAGCAGGUCAAAUCAGUAAUGAAAAGCCUGAGCCAAAGCAGCUUUACUUACAGACUCAGUAUUAGCAGAGCUUUAGUGCUAAAAACUAGUGAGUUGUAUUUAAAAUAAGUAAAAAUUUAGGUUGGUAAGUGUAAUGUUAUAGCACCUGUGUGUGUGGUGGAACAACAGGUGAAACUGCAAUAAGCUUUCUGGUGAAGUAGCACAGCAUGCCAGCCAUGUGUUAAACACUGCUGAAUUUACUACCAGUAACAGCUUGAAGUGCUCUACAUGUGAAUGCAGCAGCCUGGUAUUCAUCUUUCAGUGUCUACAGGUGUUAGCAGGGGUUGCUUGUUUGGGCUGUCCUUGAAAUCAAUCCUCAAUCUUGCUGAAAAGGAAACAGGGCUGAGAAACUGCACCAAUGCAGAGACCACCUUUUCAAAAGCAGCUUUAAUCUUGUACCAUAGGGAAAAAAAUAAAGCUACAUACUGGCUUCCAUUGAUAAGAAUUUGCAGGUAGGAUAAUUUUUAAGGUUUUGCAAUAUACUUAGUAAAGUUAUACUGAAUAAAUGUAAGAAAAACAACUUUAUAUAUUUGGAAAGAAGACUUUAAUAGUGUUGUUAUAUAGAGUAUUGGCCAACUCAAGCGGGUCAUCUUCUCUUACUGCCGCCAUUAUUUCCAGUAUUUGACUAAAAAAGAAAAGAUUGGUAUUAGAAGACUGACACUCAGACCUGAACAUACUGGAGAGUGCUGCAUGUGUAUGUACAAGUCACUUAGAUUAACCUGGAAUACAAACCUAUGCUGAGAGAAACAGGGCAGGGGCUCAGCUAUGCAAACAGCUUCACUUCCAAGUCACUAACUGCCCUUUCCUUCACACUGAACACUGUUUGCGCACUGGUACAGACUCAACUUUGGUCUUUUGACUUGUUUGGAGGUAAUUAAACGGCUUUCUGGUUCAAA